AUGCCAGGGGCCCUUUCCAAAGACCCCACCCCCGUCUCCGUACCCCCUUCCCCGGCCGAGAUACGACCCCGGGAACAUCGCCCCGUCAACCCGACCACCGUGCACCCGAGGCCGGCUUUGGACCCCGCGACGGACACCCUGGAGCUCGUACCCGGCGCACCGUUCGGUCCCUGCCAUCCCACUCUUAAGCACUCCCCCACCGGACUAAGCCCCAUCCUCCCGGCCCUUCUGGAGAACCAAACAGUUGGGGCCCUUUCCAAAGACCCCACCCCCGUCUCCGUACCCCCUUCCCCGGCCGAGAUACGACCCCGGGAACAUCGCCCCGUCAACCCGACCACCGUGCACCCGAGGCCGGCUUUGGACCCCGCGACGGACACCCUGGAGCUCGUACCCGGCGCACCGUUCGGUCCCUGCCAUCCCACUCUUAAGCACUCCCCCACCGGACUAAGCCCCAUCCUCCCGGCCCUUCUGGAGAACCAAACAGUUGGGGCCCUUUCCAAAGACCCCACCCCCGUCUCCGUACCCCCUUCCCCGGCCGAGAUACGACCCCGGGAACAUCGCCCCGUCAACCCGACCACCGUGCACCCGAGGCCGGCUUUGGACCCCGCGACGGACACCCUGGAGCUCGUACCCGGCGCACCGUUCGGUCCCUGCCAUCCCACUCUUAAGCACUCCCCCACCGGACUAAGCCCCAUCCUCCCGGCCCUUCUGGAGAACCAAACAGUUGGGGCCCUUUCCAAAGACCCCACCCCCGUCUCCGUACCCCCUUCCCCGGCCGAGAUACGACCCCGGGAACAUCGCCCCGUCAACCCGACCACCGUGCACCCGAGGCCGGCUUUGGACCCCGCGACGGACACCCUGGAGCUCGUACCCGGCGCACCGUUCGGUCCCUGCCAUCCCACUCUUAAGCACUCCCCCACCGGACUAAGCCCCAUCCUCCCGGCCCUUCUGGAGAACCAAACAGUUGGGGCCCUUUCCAACGACCCCACCCCCGUCUCCGUACCCCUUUCCCCGGCCGAGAUACGACCCCGGGAACAUCGCCCCGUCAACCCGACCACCGUGCACCCGAGGCCGGCUUUGGACCCCGCGACGGACACCCUGGAGCUCGUACCCGGCGCACCGUUCGGUCCCUGCCAUCCCACUCUUAAGCACUCCCCCACCGGACUAAGCCCCAUCCUCCUGGCCCUUCUGGAGAACCAAACAGUUGGGGCCCUUUCCAAAGACCCCACCCCCGUCUCCGUACCCCCUUCCCCGGCCGAGAUACGACCCCGGGAACAUCGCCCCGUCAACCCGACCACCGUGCACCCGAGGCCGGCUUUGGACCCCGCGACGGACACCCUGGAGCUCGUACCCGGCGCACCGUUCGGUCCCUGCCAUCCCACUCUUAAGCACUCCCCCACCGGACUAAGCCCCAUCCUCCCGGCCCUUCUGGAGAACCAAACAGUUGGGGCCCUUUCCAACGACCCCACCCCCGUCUCCGUACCCCCUUCCCCGGCCGAGAUACGACCCCGGGAACAUCGCCCCGUCAACCCGACCACCGUGCACCCGAGGCCGGCUUUGGACCCCGCGACGGACACCCUGGAGCUCGUACCCGGCGCACCGUUCGGUCCCUGCCAUCCCACUCUUAAGCACUCCCCCACCGGACUAAGCCCCAUCCUCCUGGCCCUUCUGGAGAACCAAACA